AUGAAAAUUGAAACACGUCAUAUCAUAAAAGGAGUUAUCUUUGGAAUAACUACUGCUGUUGGCCUUGCAAGUAAUAUUGUGAUUAUGUUAGCCCUAUCUAGCAUUGCUUACAAGGAGAAAAAGCUGAUGCCUUCUGAGACAAUACUUUUUACUUUGACAGGAGCAAACCUGCUGCUUCUUUUCAGCCUUGGGCUCCCUCACUCUCUUUUUGCAUUCGGAGUGAAAUAUUUCUACACAGAUCUUGACUGUAAAUUUGAUGGACAUUUCUUACGAUCAUCUCGGGUAAUGAUCAUUGGCCUAACCUGUUUACUGAGCUGCUUCCAGGGAGUAACACUGGCUUCUUCUAAUCCCACCUGGGCUGUUAUUAAAGCCAAGAUGCAAAAAUAUCUUUCCCUUCUAAUAGCAUUUAUUAUAAUUCUUAGCACAGUGUCUAGUUUAAGUUCAGCUUUAUAUCCCAUUGUUAGUAGCAACAGUACAGAUUUGAAACAUUCUAUACAUUUGGGGUACUGUAUUUCAAUGUAUCCUAAUGCCUUUUUAUUCAUACUAAUUGGAAUGAUUUCCUUUGCUAGAGAUGUGUUCUUUGUAGUCCUUAUGGCUGUGGCAAGUACUUACAUACUUCUAACUUUGCACAGACAUAGAAAACAAAUGAAAGGAAAGAGGAGCUCUGAAAAAAGACAAGAAAACUCAGCAGAGGAACAAGCAGCUAAAAUGGUUGUUACGUUUGUUAUCAUUUAUGUGCUGCUUUUUGGAAUAGAGAACAUCAUUUGGUUUUACCAGAUUUCUGGUUCUGAUGAAGGCAACGCAGCUUUAACUGAUACUCGCUUUUAUCUUGAAUUUUGUUUCUCCACUGCUUUUCCUUUUGUAUUAAUUACAUUCAACAAGAAAGUUAAGUGUCAGCUCUCAUGUUCACUUACUUAG